CAGUAACCGGUGGUACUUGGUACUGUACAAACGAACAAAUAGUGCAAGCAUUGAAAUACGAGUUCAUACCCUCCUUUCGAGGAUCGAAAACUGACGAAGAGCUACUACAAUCAUCGGUAGCAGCUCUUGAUCUCUUGGAUCAGUACACUAUGUCAUCUUGGGAUUUGUCGUCAAAAUCAAGACGAUUCGGAUCGAUCUCCCGCAGCGCAAGAUCGUUUUUCAGGUCUUCUUCUCGAUCAUCUUCUCGAUCAGGAUCUAGGAAUAGUAGUGUUAGGUCGGCGGUAUCGAGCGAUGACGGAAUAGACCACGCUUACGAUACGGCAACCAAAAAAACUAUCUAUCUGAUACGACACGCCGAGUCCGAAGAAAACGUACAUAUGCAUGGGAUGCAAGAAUUGGGAACAUCAUUGGUUGGAGGGCGGGUGCCGACCUCAGAGAACCUGAGUAGUAGUUUGAAAUUUAUUGGAGGAGUAGCCAAGGGCGACAUAGAUUCCAAGCUUUCGGAAGGAGGCAGAGAACAAGUCAAGGAACUUCACAGUGUAUUGAAAUCCGAUGGAAUGGAAAACAUGAGUUCGGUAAUUAAUGAUGUAGACAUCAUUGGCCAUAGUCCGUUGGUUCGUGCUAGGGAUACGUGUUAUGGCGGUUUUGGUCUGCACACAAACGGGGUCUGCGAGAACGUAGUAGAAUUGAAGUGUCUGGAAGAAGCAACUCCGUGGGAAACUGCUGUGCAGGGACGAAAGAAAACUGUACACAAGCGCAUCGAUGAGCUACAAAGAUGGAUUGACAACCAGACAGAUGCAACAACAAUCGCACUGGUAGGCCACAGUGAAUAUUUUAUGAUCAUGCUUGGUAUAAGUAGGGCUGAAAAGUUCUGGAAUUGUGACGUCUGGAAAGUUGAGUACGCUGCCGGAAAGUGGACUGGCCUGACGCUCAAACAUAGGUUGACGUCUAGUAAGCCAAUGGGCGUUUUCUGAACACUGCAUACUUGUACAGAAGAAUUUAAAUUAGUUUUUACUACUAAUAGUUGCUUUCGGUAUCUUAAAAAUAUGGAUAGAAGUUAGUUGCUGAAAUGUGUUGAGAUCUCACUUUUCACUACAGUGAAAAGAGGCUCGUUGCUGUAGGAAGCAUUAUAUGCAUAACUGCUUCUCGCGUCCCUCUUCGACCAAUUCAAACCCCCGUUCAUAAUAUGUAUCAACCUGCUCUUUCAGCUGCGUGUACAAAUCUUUGGCACCCAGUCGUUCCCUGGGAUUGCGCUUCCAACAAUUUUGAAGAAUUUGUUGGAUCGCUGGUCUCCAGUCUCGUUUGAGGGGUGGUCUAUCGUUCUUUUUAAUUACUUUCUCGCGAUGCUCUUCUUGGCUCAUCUUCCCAAAGGCUUUCUCUAAAGCCACUAAUUCCCAGAACAAAACAGAAAAUGAAUAAAUAUCCGCGCUUAGGUUGUAUGGCUGUCCUAAAGCAACCUCUGGUGCCAUGAAACGCCUCGAUCCUGUCCCACCCGACAUUUCGUACAUGCCGUCCCCUGUUUUCUGCAACGGAUCCAAUUCUUUCGCUAGACCAAAAUCAAACAG